UACAAGCUUGACACCAAGCGCUUCAUCUUCUGGCUCAUUGACACUGCGAAGAAGCGGGACUACGACAUCGCUGAUCCAGCCGAAACCCAGCAACCCUCGAGACGGCUGAAAGGCCAAGCGAGGAAGCAAGCAAAGCAAGUGACCAACCGAGCGACCGCGUCGAAGACCAAUUAUGUUAUCUCGACGGAAAAGAUCCUCGACUUGGCGAAACAUAUCGCAGACCAUGAGGAGACCUCGACAAUGCCUAAGUUUGUUUGGUACUCCUACAAGCGGGCUGUGAGAACGCGCCAGGCCUACGCCGACCGCUAUGCCCAGGAAGAACUGUCGGAGACGGCUUCGGACGAUGGCCACAUCUACUUCUUGUGGCUGUUGAAACACUGCCACACGAUCCUAAAGAAGAAGAUCGCAGUGCAGGCGGUCAGCCGACCGGAGAUUGCAGCGCCUGCGCAACUUCGAUUUAACAUCGCGACUGAACCGACAUCAGCGCCAUCUCUCCUUCCAGUACCUGGAUCCGCACCGCAGGCUUUUGGUGAUAGUCAGGAGACCGUACCUGAAGAAAUCACGGCUGCUGAGGCCGAGCGAGAAGCAAAAGGUCACAAGCUGGAUGAGCUGGCUCGGAAAUUCGAGCUCGACAUGAAGGUGAAACAAGACGCGGAGGCUGCACUCGAAACGGAGAGGAAAGCCAAAGAAGAGAUCGCUUUGAGGAAGUCUUGUCUGGCAGACGAUAUGCGCAUCAUCGUCGAGCAGCUGGAGUCCGACUGGAGCGACACUCACAAGGCCGCUAGCAAUGAAGAUUACUUGGACGAGACCCGAGCCACUCUCAUGACGGAAGCUGCGUUCCACCUUAUACGCCACAAGGAAGAGGCCUUGGCGAAAGAAGCUCAUGAGCAAGGCCUGCCGCCAUUUGAUCCCUCUCUCGAUGAUGAUGACUUCUUCGGCAAGACCUCAAAAGCGCUCAGAAAGAUCGAGGCGGAGCGACGUUCUCAACCAGGAGAGUAUUUGUUCUUCGCAUCGCGGUCGAUCAUCCAAGAUGAUGUUGCGAACCGACACACGAAUGAGGACUACGACUUCCUUGUACACUACUUGUUUGAAGCAGCACUGGAACCAGUAAGUCUUCCUCGGUCCACCAAAAGUCUGUUCCAUAUCCCCACUGAUUACUGA